AUUUAAACCAGGCAUACCUUUAGGCUUCAGCCCUGACAUUUAAAGAUGCAGAGUUGGGAGAGUGUGGUAGCAAAGGAAGAACCCACCAAGAUUGGGGACGUGGAGGCCAUUUUGAAUUUAAUUUGCAGAAAUUAAUAUUUUCCUUCCAAUUCCCACCCAGCAGCUGACCAAAUCGAAAGUCAGUCCAACUGACAGGCUGGAAAUAUAAUGGCAUAAGGCUACAAUCAAGAAUGGACCCUUCCCCACUGACUAAGGCUUUGAUGCGUCCAGGACGAAUUGAUCGUAUUAUAUAUGUGCCGCUGCCCGACGCAGCCACUCGAGCAGAGAUCUUCAGAUUGCAGUUUCGUACCAUGCCAAUCAAUGAUGAUGUCAGCUUGGAUUACCUGGUAGCCAAAUCACAGAAAUAUUCUGGAGCUGAGGGACUCAAGGGACCUAAGUGGACAGCAAGAUGUUGGCAUUGGAACACAGUGGUGUAUUGAAGUGGCAGGCAACUGGAAGCUCGUGGGGGGUGA